AUGGCGUCUACUUUUCAUUUCACGAAGGAGACUCCGCCAGACUCAAUGUUUAGCGAUUUUCAGGCGCUUAACAAGUUUAAGAAGGAGUUAUUCGACCAGCUGGUACAGAUUGCCUUCCAGUUCUUACUAGAACCCAGUAAGAGUGUGCGUUUGAUGACCCAACUUGAAGAGUUUGCCGAGGAGAACGGAGUCGUUAUUGGUGCUCUGAGGAAUGUUUUCAAAAGUUUGGUUUCAUUACCUAAUUCCGCACUCAAGAAAAGUCUCAGUGCAGCCCAGCUUCAGGAAGACCUGCAAACAUUAGGACUGUCCGAGGACAAGUCACAAGCUUUGGUCAGCCAGUAUGAAGCCAACCUGGCUGCAUUGUCUCGAGGGGCUCUAGGCCAGACCCUGAUGGUCAACCAGCUAGUGGAUAUAGAAUGGAAGUUUGGAGUGACAGCAUCCAGCAGUGAGCUUGACAAAGUUGGAAACACAUUUCUCCAGCUGAAACUCGUCAUCAACACAGGCAAUGGGACCAAAAAUGUUUUCUUGGAGCUGACAUUGCCCCAGUUUUACUCCUUUCUGCAUGAGAUGGAAAAGGCAAAAGCAAGUCUAGAAUAUCUAGGAUGA